AUGGGUGUAGUCUUUGAUGCAAAUCCAGAUUUCAAACAGCCAGCUAACAGUGUUAUGAACUGCAAGAGUGAGGAACGCACGAAGACGCGAGGCUUCUCCUGGUCGAUUGUCCUGAUCUACCAUGCGGAAAAGGAACAGGGUCCAAGGCUAAAUCACACGCCAACGCCCUACACUCUAUCUGAUCUCAUAAUCACCUGCCGCAAGUGUGCAAACUCCGGAACUAUAUAG